AUGACUCACCUUGAACAUCGCAGUUCAAUCAGCUCGGCCAAGAGCCCAUGUUUGUCACGGCAAGGCACACUGCGAUCUUCGCACCGACGCAAGAGCAGUCUCGGAGCGUCGCUCAACCUCUCGCAAGGUCGUCGUAGUCCAAGCAGUAUAUUGAACGAUCGCAGUCCUUCUGGCCGGCCCAAGAGUCCGAAUUUACUCAUCACCGAUCAGGCGUACGCAUCCAGCUUCGAUCGGCGGUCGCCAACGGCGAUGUCUUUUUCCGGACGUCGCUCACCCUCAGGACUACGGUCACCCUCGGGUGGACUCCGGUCUCCAUCAGGUCGUCGCAGCCCACUCGGAUUCAACCUGCAGUCGGAGUACGCGGACCUGCUGCAGAGCCAGCAGGAUCGGUUAAGCCCGAACUCACUCAGUAGCCACCAAUCGACGAGUGGGCCUGAUCGACGCACAAGCCCUACCAUUCAUCUACCUCCCGAGCGUAGUCGCAGCCCGGUCGGGUUUGGGUCCCGGCUAGGAGGCAGCUUGUACGGUCCCGAGGGCCGAUCCGCCCGAACCAGCCCUACCACCCUGGGAACCAUCCCACCGAUCACGAUAUCCAACCCCUCGGAGACGUACGAGAUCGUGCAGAAGUCCAUCGAAACGAGCCAGUACCAGCAGCAACAGCUGCGCAGUCCCAAGAGUCCCAAGAGCCCGAAGAGUCCGAUGAAACCAGAGCCAGGAUCGAGCGGCUCGGGUGCACCUGAGAAGAAGGAGAAGACGAGCGUGAUGAAGGAGAUCCUGGCGUUCGUACGGAAGCCCUCGAAAAAGGUAACGACGCGCACGAGCAAGUUCGCUGCCGCAUUUACGCGCACUGAGUCGACAACGGGUGCGCCAUUGUUGCGUCAGAGCACUUUUUCCAGCAUUCAGAACUCAUCGAGCUGCGCCGGCCGGAACGCGAUCACGAAACAGAUGUCUGAGAUCGCAUUCGAACCGAUCAUGUCAUCGCUCAAGUGGAAGAACGUGGGAUCCAAGAUGUCGCUAAAGUCACUCAAGAAGCUGUCGCAAGGCAUGAGCGUAUCUUCCGACACUGGACGUCCACGCGAUAAGCGCUCCAGUGGCGAUGAGGUGAGCGAUGUCGAGAGCAGUGAUGGAACGGCGGCGGCACUGGCUUCAGGACCAGGUUCCGAGGGUGCGUUUGAGGUACUGGAAAGCGUCCAUUUCGAGAAGGUCGGUGAGGCGUACAUCCGGCACGAUCAAAUCCGUGAGGAAGAGAGUCCUCGUGGCUCGCAGGACAGCGCGCAGGAUGGCAGUGACGACGAGCGCGACAUCGGCACUGGUCGACUGAGAGUGGCGGCAGUCAGUGAGAUUAAGAAGUCGUUGGAAGCGUUGUUCACGCGCCAGGAGCCAAUUGACGAGGCUGGUGAAGGUCCGUCAGGUCGUGAACCGGACGCGAUCCAAUGUCCAACGUUCGAGAUUGAACCACCUUCACGUAGGGCUUCCUUCGAUCCCCCAAGGUCACCUUUCCUUGAGAACCUGCGCAGCUUCAGUGACACCGAUCACGAGGGCACACACCAUAGCCGACUGGACUCGGGUGGAGAUAGCUUCGAGAUGAUCGACACCACCGAUCGGAUGCCCGGCUCAAGCGUAUCCGGCGAUCGACACUCGUCCAUGGACACAAGCUUCGACAUUUCGCGCUACCAAUCCACUAGCUACGAAGAUCAGAACUCCAGCUUUGAGGUAGUUGAGCUGGAUGGCUCGCAGCGUGGCGAUAAGACACUGUCACCGUUCGACAUUCGCAAGUCCUCCAUUGAGCUGGUCGACGCGGAGACCUUCCAGCGUACCGGGUAUCCCGAGGGCCGAAAGUCCUCCCUAGAGACUCACUUCGAUCUGGCCGAUGGCUAUCAGUUGCCACAUCAACAGCGCUCGACCAGCCCACGAUCGGCUUUCUCCGUGCUGACGAGUACUCGUGCUCCAACUCGCAAGCAGAUUUCGGAGCCUGGUCGUUGUCGUGAUGCACUGCCCCGUUCCGGAGGUCCUGGGUCCUCGGGCACCGGCAUGAAGUCCCAUUAUUCAGCACCUCAACGCGCAAAAUCGCCGCUUUCGAACCAGACCUCGUCCAACUUCAGCUCGCGUGAUAGCUAUGACUCCAUCUUCGAGCCCGCCCCGUCGUCCCACUGCCACGGGCAGAGAAGUCCUUACUCCGGAACAGACCCCCGUCAGCACUUUCCACUGCCACCGCGCAAGUCCUCGGCCGAAUCACCACGUUUCCUCUGCACGGACAAGCGUUGCGCUGCCAUCUUUGAACCUCGGCCGACCGCUGGCCCGUCUGCGGGUGGCUCGGGAAUGGCGUCGACGGCGGCAGGACGAUUGUCGUCUUGCUACCUAGACACGUCGAGUGGCAGCGAGUUCGAGCCGCCCUCACCACGCCGCGCCGCCAGUGCCUCGCCCAAGCACACCUUCACAUUCCGGAUCGUGCUGAAGAAAGUAGACAGCUCGCCGGACGCCAUUUGUCCUUCAGCCGAACGCCGUCAGCUACGUGACAAAGUCGAGAGCCGCCACAAGCGCCGGGACAGUCGCCGUAAGAAGCUGCUCGAAAUCGGCAAGAGCUUCUAA